AAAAAUUCAUAAUUUCAUAUUAUAUUUUUCGUAAAUUAAAAACAGAUUUUGGGAAUAUAAAACUUAAUAAAAAUGGCACUUCGCUUAGGUGGAGCCCUAAAAGAAUUAAGAAUACAUUUAUGCCAAACGGGUAAACAAUCUGCAGGAGUCAGGGAAUUCAUCCAAAAGUACUAUGUUAACAUCAAGAAGGAAAAUCCAAACUUCCCCAUUUUGAUUAGAGAAUGCAGUGGAGUACAACCUCGUGUCUGGGCCCGCUAUGAAAAAGGAGUAGAGCAAAGCGCACCAUUAACUGAUUUGUCUGCACCUGACGUCCUUACGGCAAUCAAACAAUUAGUGAAAUAGAUAUGCUUAUUUUAUUAUAAUAAAUAAUAGUAUGUAGAAAAA